GGGCUCAUCAGAACAGAGGACUCUGCUUCUUUAACAGCAAGCGCCUCGUCUCACACUUUCGUUUUCAUUCGUCCCGAUCGCAGUAUUAAAACGUUAUUUUGGAACAUUCUUGAGGGGUGUGUGCUGUGUCAACAGGAUGCCAUCAUUGUUCUGACAGGGAAGGAAAUCAGACGGUGUGCGAGCGGAGAGUGAAUCCACUGAUCAGAUUUUACAGAGCGGACGUUCACUUGGAAUAAUGUUUCCACACUUCAUUCUUCUGGCUGUUGGUUUUGCAGCGUUUCUGCCUGAUGUCCUUCUGUCCAGCUGUGAUGAGACCUGUGCAGACAAACCCGUGUUCACCCCAUCCAGCGUGGUGGUGAAGCACGGUGACCCCACCAACGCCACCUGCCUCGUCUGCAAGUCGUGCCCGGACAAACUCUUUGGCUUGGAAAAAUCUGUGGGCGACCAUUCAACGAAAGGUCCAACGAUUCUAUGGAGCGUGGCCAAAAUGACGGAGUGGGACCCGUCUCCAAAGUGCUACUACAAUGCUGGCGCUCAGAGGUGCUGCAGCACUUUGCCUGUAACAGUCUACAAGCCUCCAGACCACGUGACCUUCAGCUCUGACUUCGCCUCUGAUCAGAUGAUCGAGGGCCAGUUGUACACGCUGAGCUGCACCGUGGAGCAGGUGGCUCCUGUGGAACGCGUCAGAGUGACCUUCUACAGAGGCAGCGUGCCGCUGGGCCCAGCGGUGUCCGUCUCCAGACCCCAGAAGACACCAGCCACGGAGGUCUACAUGAUCAACAUCACUGCCUCCAAGGAAGACAACAACUCGGAGUACUGGUGUGAAGCCAAGCUGGACCUGGGCCUCGAGGGCCCGCGGGCCCCUCCGGUGGUCAGGUCCAAGCGUGUCAUGGCCACUGUGAGCAGUAACUGCCUGGCGCUGGUUCCCAGCGUGGGGGUGUGGGUCACGCUCGCUGUGCUUUCUCUGCUUUGACUCCAUGUUGUGUAAUAAUGACGCCUUCAAGCCCGUGUUUUAUCAUCUGCUGGAGGGUGUUCCCAGGUUUCACUGUGUUUAUACAUAAUUUUGAGCACAUUUCGGUUUUUCAUAACUCAGCUUCACGGUUAUUUAAAAUAAAAGUUUGACAAAUAUUUGGCUCCACAGUUUGGGGGGGGGGGGGGGGGGGGGGGGGGGGGGGGGGUGCAAAAACACGCUGAGUUGGCAAAGCAGCCCUAAAAAUAUGUGGGAAGAGUGUGUGAAUGUUGCUCAACAGGGAACAGAUAGAAUAAGAUGAAUGGAACCAGGCUCCCAGGAAGUCAGCGAUCUUAAUCUGAGUCUGUCCACAAAUCUCCUCAGAUCCACAUUGUUUACUGUAAGUUUAUUGUUCGUCCUUUGUUUUGUCAGAAACAAGUGUUCUGUUUUUUUAAUGGGCUGAAGUUGAUCUCUUUUACAAUAGUUUUGUCAUAUUCUAUUGUACAACUGUGUUUGAGCGUUCACUGGAGACACAGCAGAACGUUUGUGUUGUGUUUGUGUCGCAGUCAACAGCCUAAUAAACCGAUAUUUAAUGUC